AUGUUCAUCAAAGAGGUUUUUCUUUCAAACUGUAUCGUUUAAAAAUAUCAAUUAAGGUAAUUAUCUCUGGCUUUCGAAGUUACAAAGACAAUACUCGGGUCGACGGUUUCUCGCCACGGCACAAUGUCGUCGUGGGGCGGAAUGGGAGUGGAAAAUCCAACUUUUUCUUUGGUUUCCGUUGAAAAAUGUCUAGAAUGAUAUAGAAAUUCGUUUACAGCGAUUCAAUUCGUGUUGUCCGAUGAAUUUAGUCAUUUGAAAGAGGAGCAGAAACUCGGAAUGCUCCACGAAAGUACUGGACCGAAGGUUUUGAAAAAACAUGUUUUUUUGAAAAUAUUUUUUGUUAAGGUUGCCCAUGCGCGAGUUGAAAUCGUGUUUGAUAAUACGGAUCAUCGAAUUGUCGCUGUAAGUUUCGAGAAGAAAAAAAUGAAUAAAAAUGCUGAAAAUCAUUUUUCAGAUCGAUUCAAGUGAGGUCCAUGUUGUCCGUCAAAUCGGCAAGAAAAAGGACCAAUAUUAUAUCGAUAAUAAAAAUGGUGGCCCUGAGCCGAGGUUUGGAAAAAGGGUCUGGCAGGGGGAUGCACCGGGAUUUUGGCUCUUAUUUUUUUGCCUUUUUUUGUAGAAAAAUCUCUAUCAAAUGUUUUUUUUUUUUUUCAUAGUACUUCUUAGUAUCGUCAAUUUUUUUAAAAAACUUAUUUCAAAUAAUUUUAUGCAAGUUUUUUUGAAGAGCAUUUUUUUAUCGUUGAAUAAUUUUUUUCUACCGUUAAAUUUGUUUUUAAAACAUAAUAAUCUCGAUGAAAGUAUGCAGAAUCGUGAAAAAGGGGGUUUUUAUUAGCUGAUAUGAACAGAAAGUUGGAAGGAUGGAAUAAUUUUCCUUAAAAAUGUUCUUUUCAGGUUGACAAAGUCUCUUUUUUGCUGCCUCUCCCUUUUUCCACCGUUUCUUGAGCCUUUAAAAUCCCAGAAAAAUAGAAGACUAUAAAGGAACCCUAUUCGCUGCCUUUUUGGAACCUCUCUCCUUUAGCGGCCACUAUUCACAAUUUCAAUUCUCGAAAAAAGCAAAACAUGACAAGAAAAACCCGGCGCGUGCCCCCUGUAGCGCCACCACUGCCUGUUGUUUGAAAAAUGGUACAUUUUAGGUCGUGAAUCUCAUGGAAUCUGCCGGAUUCUCUCGUUCCAACCCUUAUUAUAUCGUCAAGCAGGGAAAAAUCAAUGAAUUGGCAACUUCGCCGGAUUCUCACAGGUUUAAAAAAGUGUUUUAUAGGCCUAAAUUGGAAAAUAACUAUAAAUUUGCUGCUUUCGAAUGGAAAAAUUGACAAAAAAUUGCUUAAAAGUUAGAAAAAACGCGGUUUUCCACUUUUUUUUCUCAUUAUUUGUUCUCUUCUCCUGGCUCUCCCAAAGGGAGAAAGUUUAUUUUACUGGAUAAAAAAAUAGGAUUUUUUUAAAAUUUUUUUCUCUAAAAAUUUGAUAAUUCUCUUUUUUUCCAGGCUCAAACUUCUCCGGGAAGUCGCUGGAACCCGUGUCUACGAUGAAAGGAAGGAGGAAAGCUUGAAGAUUUUGAAAGAAACCAGUUCGUUUUGUCAUUUCACAACAUUACUCUUUCAAAAAAGGACUAAAAUUGAUCUUGUUCACAAAAAUCUUGUUAAAUACGCUCAAAUUUCUGCGAAAAUUCCCGGUUCGAUAUUUAGAAUCAAUGUUUCAAAAGAAUAAUAAAUAUAAGAGUUUGAAAAAAACAACGAUUCCGGACAUGUGAAAAUCAUCUCUUUUUGCUUUUUUGGCUAUGAAUUGGCUCAAAAUUUAUUUUUUUUUAUUUUAGAGGAAAAAUUGAUGAAUUUUUUUCCAAAGCUCCUUUUUGAGUAAGUUACGUAAUUUUCAGAAAAAAAUAUAAUUUUUCGGUAAGAAAAAAAUAAAUUUAUUUUUUUAGUUUUUUUGUUGAAAUACAUGAGAGGAGAGUCGAAAAUGAUCUAUUUCUUCAUUUCGAAUCACUUUUUGUGGUGUGAUUUGGUUGUUUUUUUGUUAGUAAAAAAAUGCGUUAGAAUCUGGAAGUUUUCGUUAGCGAAGUGAUAAAAUGUUCAUUUUUGAGUAAUUUUUCGCUCUGAUCAGUGAAUUUUUCAAGGAACAUGUUUCAGGUCAUUUCAAAAUUUGUUCACGGAAAUUUUUUUAUCAAAAAUAACUUUUUUUAAUUUUCAGUUCUCGGAAUGAUACAUUUUUUUCAUUUUGAAGCGUUUUUUUCUGUUAGAUUCGGUUAUUUUUUUCAGGCCAAAUUCGUAAAAAAAUUUGGAAAAAAAUGCUCAAAUAUUAGUUCACUUAUCGAAGCAAUUUAUGAAAUUUUUCAGCGAAAUGAUAAAAUUUUUCAUUUCAGAGCAUUUUUUUGGCGUUUGAAGUUUGUUUUUUUCAGAAAUAUAAAAAAAUUCAGUUUAUUGUUAAAGUAAAUUUUCAAAUUUUCAGAGAAGUUGUGAAAACUUCAUUCUGAACCUCUUUGCAAAUUUCCGGUGAGAUUCAAUAUUUAUUUCUUAGCAAAAGUGCGUCAAGAAGAAGAAAAAUUUGUAGGAGAAAACUUGAAAAAUUUCAUUCAAUAUGAAUUAAUUUUCAUAAGAGAGUUUUGAAGCAUUUUUUCAAAGCUCAGUCAGUUAAUUUCAAGAAAUCAAGACGGCGAAAAUCGAAGAGCUGCUGAGAUUCAUCGAGGAACGCCUGAAAACACUGGAAAACGAGAAAGAAGAUUUGAAAGAAUACCAAAAAUGGGACAAGACGAAGCGCGGCGUGGAGUACGCCAUGUACGACUCGGAGAUCCAGGAAACCAAGAAGGAAUUGUCCAAGUUGGCCGACCAGAGGGAGGAGCUCACCAGCAGGAACCAUAGGGUCCUUUUUUGGUCAGAAAAAAGGUGUUUAUAUUGAUUUUCAGGUAACUGCUGAACUGGCGGAAGUUCAAACACAGGCGGCUCGAUCGGCGACGGAAAAAAGGAAACUCGACGCCGAGUUCAAAGGAAUGAAGGAGGAAAAGGUUUGGAAUCAAACAAGAUUUUCUGGUUUUCAAUAGGUUUAUUUUACUUCGAAAAUAAGUUUUCUACACAAAAUUCCAAUGAAAAAUCAAAAAAAUCACAGAUUUUAAACGGGAGAAUUCGAAAAAAUCAGUGCGCAAGUUUUUGAGAAGAAGCCUUUUUUUGUCGAGUAAGUCCCAAGCGGGAUGUACGAGGAAUGAAGGAGGAGAAGGCUUGGAAUUGAAUCUUACUCUGAUUUUUCCUUAAAAAAAAGUUUUUUUUACACAAAUUUUCUCUGAAAUAUCAAUAAAUUCACAGAUUUUGGGUGCUACGACAAGAGCGAGUUUUCCAUUUGCGAGCAGUACUGUAUGCGGCAAAGCGCAUUGCGUGCAUGCCCUCUGCGUGUUUACACUUUUGUGGCGUGACGUCAUCGCGCCGUACAUCUGCGGGUUUUUUUGCUUGCGGGUUUUUUUUUCAAUGUUUUUUUCGGAAUUUUUUUUUUGAAUUUUUUUUCCGGUUUGGUUUUGAUUAUGCUAAUAUUUUUGAAACAAAAAGAAAACUUCUUUUUUUACCUCAUAAGAAGGCCUUCUUUUUGUCCUCAAAAAAAUCUUCGUGUUCUUCUUCUUCUCCUCAUAUUUUUUUUUCUCUUUCAGAUUUUGAAAUGAAAAAAAGUGGUGCUAUGAAUGAAAUUCAGGAUGGAAAGUGACGAUUAUGUUAACGACAUUGUUUUCGACUCAAUUUUAAAGCAACAAGAAAUCACAAAGGAAGUUUUGGCGAAAAAUAUGUCCCUGCUCCUCCACCCUCAACACCGGCAUUGUACAAGAAACCAAUUUUCGUAAAAUUUCUGACAAGUCCCUUCAAAUCUCUCAAUGUACAUUUAAAAAUAUCUUGAAGAUUUUCUGGGAAAAAUGACUUUUUGUUUGAUAUGGUGGUUCUGUAAAAAUUUGUUAUUUUUCUUAUUUUCUUAUUUUUUUGAUAUAACUUAUUUCAAUUACUGGUAUUUGUUAUGAUGCAAUUGUUUGAUAUUUUCCUCUUUGAAAUAUCAAUAUUAGCUCACUUCUUUUUCUAUAUUUGUGGAGUUGACCUAAUAGCUAUCUAUAAAGAAACAUUUUCCUAAGCUGCCCCCUUGACAAACAGAGUUUUCGUCAAUAAAAAAAGUUUUCUUUUUGUUUUGAAAAAUAAAUAAGCCGGAAAAAAAUUCAAAAAAUCCGAAAAACCCGCAAGCAAAAACCCGCAGAUGUAUGGCGCGAAGACGUCACGCCACAAAAGUGUAAACACGCAGAGGGCAUGCACGCAAUGCGCUUUGCCGCAUACAGUACUGCUCGCAAAUGGAAAACUCGCUCUUGUCGUAGCACCAGAUUUUGAACUGAAAAAUAGAAAAAAUCAGUGCGCAAGUUUUUGAGAUAAAAUCCCUUUUUUUUGUCGAGUAAGUCCCGAGCGGGAUAAACGAGGGCCUGCCCGGCAGGAUAUCGGCCCUUGUUAAGCCCGACUCAGCCCGAUUUUUAGGUGAACGUAAGCAAAAAACGACCGCCCCGAAGCGCGAUUUUUUCCAGUUCAAAUUUUAAAAUUUCAAGGACAAGAAUCAUUCUUUUCUUUUUUUCAAUCAAGUCCCAAGCAGCUCUGUGCAAGUGCCGGCCCGACAACAUAUGACCCCCCUCCCCUUCCGGGCAUUUUUUUAAGCCCGACCUUGGGAUGAACUUAAGCAAAGACCGCCCGGAGCACGAUUUUUCCCCAAGUCGAAUAUCAGAUUUUUCUACGACAGAAAUGACGUUUUUGCUCAUUUUUCCACUCAAAGUUUAACAGGAACUCUGAUUUAACCAGUUGAGAAUUUUUUUUUUCGAAACUUGAUAGUUUCGCGCCUCAUUUUUUGAAAUUGCUCGUUUUAAUAUUUCUUUUUGGGAUUUGAAAUCGAAAAAACUGCUUAUUGAUUUUGAAAAAAAAAAUAUUAGCCAAAAAAGGCAAAAAAAAAACAUCAUUUUUUAUGAAAAUUAAGUGGGUUUUAGAGGGGAAGUUUGGGUAAAAUGAUAUUUUCAUCACUUUUUUUCGUUGUCAAACCUGAAAUUUUUCUCAAAUACCUAAUUCUCGGGAAAUUUGAUAAUUAAUGUCUUUAAUUUUGAGGUUCCAUCAUGAUUUUGUGAAAAAAAGUAUAUUCAAUAUUUUUUUUGAGCGCUCUGUAUUAAUUUUUCCUUCUUAAAUAUGUUUAAAGAACGCUUAACCAAUUUCCAAUGAAUUCACAUUUCUACUUCUGAUUAUCAUCUUUUUUCGAAACGUAUUUUUCCCAGGAAUCCCUGGUCGCCGAGGAGACGGACAUCGUUGCGAAACAGGCACAAUUGCAGCUCAAGGUCCAGGAUUUGACGGAGGAAACGGCAAAGUGAUUUUGAUCUAUCAAGUCUUUCUGAAAAAAUAGGAUCGUUUUCCAGAGAACGAGACAGCAAAUCGGCGGCCGGCGCUGAAUUGCAACAACUUCGCGCCGAGAUUCUCCAGAAACAGACGGAGCUGGAGCAGGUCACGCCGGAGUAUGAGGUUGUUCGGAGGAAGAAGUUUCAGUUGAGAGAAUAAUUUUCAGAAACUCGUCGAGAAGGAAUCGUCCCUUUCCACGGAUAUUCGGAUUAAUGAGACCCGGAUGAAGGAGUUAUUAGCCAAACAAGGCCAUAGGUUAGUUUUGGAAAGUUGCAGAGUAGGUAAAACUGAAAAGUUGCUUUUUGAAGAACCUCAGAAAUCCUCGAAAAGCUCCUUUUUUAGCAUUUUUUUGAGGAAAAAAAAAUCUUUUGAGGACCCUUAUAAGCUCUUUUUUUAGAAGAACACCGCCAGUGUAAAAAAAUGCGAAAUUCUCAAGUUUUUCUCUCUCUUUUUCAAUCAUUUCAUCGUCAAGACAUUUUGAAAUGAAAGUUAAUCUUUAAAAACCGAAAAAAAUUUACUUGGGGGAGGGCUGAAGGAGUUGAAAAAGGUCCCUCUAAAAGCUCUUAGAAAGAGGGGAAAAUAUUUUAGGCUCCUGUUCCAUAGCCUCACAAAAAUAUUUUUUUCAAUAUUUUUUUGUUGUUUUCAGCAAACAGUUCAACAAGAAGUAUGACCAAAACGCAAAUUUCAAAUUCCUUGUGAAACUGAAAUCUUAUUUAUUAUCUCAGAAAUCAAUUCGGUUCGGCGGAAGAUCGGGACAAAUUCCUGACGAAGGAAGUGAAAAGACUGAAACAUCUGACGGAAGACACACAGGAGCAGAUCAGGGGAAUCGAGCAGGAAGUCCAGGAGGCCGAAAUCGAGGACGAGAACUUUUGCACGGAGAUCCAGGUGCGCUUGAAGCUGCUUCCAGCUGAAAUGACCGGAAAAUGGAAUUAGAAUCCGGGGAAUUUCGAAAAGAAAAAAAAAGUUGAAUAGUUGCACUGUCAAACAGGGAAAAAUCAGGAAAUAAGCUCGAAAAAGGUGAAAAAAAUAUUUUUUCAGUGAAUAGACUCUUGUAUAAAGCAGUGAAGAAAUUGGAUUAAUUAAAAAAAUAAAAUUUUUCAAAAAAAUUCAGUUUUACACAUUUUUUUCCACGAUCUUUUUUUGUUUAUAGGUACGAAUUUUGAACUUUUUUUAAAAAAACUUUUUUUGAACCCAAAAUUUUUCGAAGUUUGUGUAGACUGUUUUAGCCGAAAGAAUCUGAGGAAAUGAAACUCACUCUAGAGAAUUUUAAAAAAAGUAAUCUCACGUUUUCAGUGUCAAACAGAGGAAAAAGAUUAGAUUAACACGGAAAAAAAAUUGAAAAAGUGGAAAAUAAGGCUUUAGUAUUAAACGGAGUUAAGAAAGAGUAGUUUCACCUUUUUUCAGGGUUGUGGUUUCAUAAUUCAUAACAUCAUUUAUUAAGACUUCCUUUGAACCGAAAAUAUUCAGAAUCUGGGCCGUCAACUGGAAGAAACGAGGUCGGAACUCGACGCCGCCAGCAAUCGUCUCGGAAAUCUCAACACUGAACAAACCCGUGCCGUCGCUUCUCAAAUGUAUUCUGAAACCAGCGCAAAACGUACCGAAAUUCCAUUUUAGGGGAGCUGCUCGUGAAGAGAAGCACGUCAGGGAUCAAAUCGUGGCCAUGGAGGCUGAAAUCGGACAGACCAAUGACCAGAUGCGACGUCUGACCCCCAGAGUUCAUUGUUUUGAAUAAAAAAUGGCCUUUUCGACUGAAUUUCGUUUGAAAAUUCAGCCUAUAAAGAAAAAAGAUGCAUUUUUUGAGACUUUGGGCAGAAAAAACAGAUCUUUACUACUUUCUUUCUAUGAUUUUACGGACUUUAAAGCCUGGAUUCACCGGUUUUCUGACGGUUUUUAUAGAUUUUUUGGUUCUAACUUUUUUUUUUCCGUUACUUGAAACUCCCAGUGUUAGAAAAAAAGAAUCUAAAUAUUCCAGUUUUAGAACCUCAAGAGAAAUAAAUAAAGUUUUAGUGGAAUUAUGGAUAAUUUUUUGAAAGUUUCAAUGUUUUUUCGUAAUAAAAAGUUUGAUUUUCUAAGAGUGACUGAAUUUUUCUCCCUAGUGAGUAAAAAAAAGUGGAAAACUUGGUAGUGAUAAAAAAUUCUUUUUUUUUUCGUAGAAAAUUGAAGUUUUUUUCUGAGAAUUUACAAUAAGUUUUUUUGCAGCCGACCUACAACGGUUUACAAGGCGUCCUGAAAGUCUUGGCCCACUUCAGAGAAAAUAACGGAAAUGGAGAGUACGACGAGAUUCUCAAUGGGUAUCAUGGUAGGCUUUUUGGGUAAAUGGAAAAACAAGUAUUUUAGGAUUUUUGGAAUUCAUUUUCAUCAAUUUUUUCCAUAAUUCAUCGAUUCUCCAAGCUCAUUCUGAAAUUUCGAACUGAUUUUUUUGAUUUUAGGAACGAUUAUCGAUCUGAUGUACGUUGAGAAAGUGUAUUUUCUGUCGGUUGAAGUGAUCGCCCAGUCGAGAUUGUUCUACCAUGUCGUCGAUAAUGAUAGGUAAUGAUUUUGGUCGCAUUUGAAAUGGGUCAAAGCGUUGCGGUUUGGCUAGGAGACCAGGGAGCGUUUUUAAUGCUUUUCCAUAACUCUGCGCGAAAGUUGUUUCUGGUCGGGCGCUCUUGGAAGCAAAUCAAGCCAUUUUACAUGCCAAAAAAUAUUCUGCUCGCAAUUGGAAUGGCUCAAAGCGUCGCGGACGCGUUGCGGUUUGAUUAGGAUCCGAAGCAGCCUUUUCUAGGGCUUUUCCAUAUCUCUGCGCGAAAGUUGUUCAUGGGUGGGCGCUCCUGGAGGCGUAAUAAAAUCAAAGCAGCUCCUAAAAUUCACAUGCGAAUAGAACACCGUGGUCGCACUUGGAAUGGCUCAAGCGUUGCGGUUGAAUUUAAAAAGUAGACAGCAUUUUCUAGUGCUUUUCCAUAGCUUUGCGCGAAAGUCGUUUUUGGUCCGGUGCUCUUGGAAGGAAAUCGAGCCAUUUAAUUAGCAAAAGAAGACUCUGGUCGCUUUUGGAAUGCUCAAGAAGUCGCGUUGCAGGGCGGUUUUAGAGAUUCAAAUAACUUUCCAUGUCUCUGCGCGAAAGUUGUUUCUGGUCGGGUGCUCCUGCAAGCAAAUCAAGCCAUUCCACGUGCGACUAUGGCAUUCGAGUCGUUUCAAACCGAUUUUUCUGAAAUUGAAACAUAUAUUUUGAAGAAUCGCCUCGAAAAUCCUGAGAAAGUUCAACGAAAUGCAGCUUCCCGGAGAAAUCACGUUCUUCCCUUUGAAUCGAGUUCAUGCGCCGAAUCCUAAGCAUCUCGAGAGCAGCAAGGUAAAAAAAAAAUGAAGUGAUUUAGAAAAAAAAAUCAAAAUUUUCUUGGGAUGGUUCAGCUAGUUUUUCCUGAGUUUUCUCUCGAGAUCAAAAUUUGUGAAUUCUUUUUUUUAUUGAAUUAUAUGUAGAUGAUAAAGAAGAUGUAUAAAAAAAUUAUAAGAAAUCGUUAUUUUUUUCUGCUUUUUUUGAACCGAUUGCAACUCAGGAAAGCUGAGAAAUUUAAUUUUUUAAGCUUAUCAAGCUGUUUUUUUUUUCAAAUUUCAGCUAUUUACUGAUUGAAUGUUUUUUUUUUCGAGAAAUAAGGACUCGAAUAUUCAAAAUGGCCUUUUUAACGAAUUAUGAGGGUUUUCUUUGACUUAGUGGUCUCCUUACUCGAAAACUAGGUAUUUUUCAGGUUGAGACUUUCAGGGUUUUCUUCUGGUACGUCCAAAAAGAAUCUGACUGAUUUUUAGAAAAUUUGCAAUUAAAAAUAAAGUUACCUUCCUUUUCAGAGAAAAUCGGAUUUUUUUUUUGGCCUUUUUCUGGAUUUUUAAUGAUUUUCACAUCAAAAUCCCCUAAUUUAGGACGCCCGACCCUUGUUGGAUGUCAUUGAUUACGACGCCAGAUAUGAUGCGAUUUUUCCGGACGAUUUUCGGUGGAACGGCCCUUGUCCGAAAGCUUGAUGUUUGAUUUUUUUGUUGGGAAAUAAAGAAAAAUAUACAUUUUUUUUCCAGCAAAACGCCCACAAUGUUCGGAAUGAAGGCUUUGAUUGCGUGACACUGGAUGGAGAUCAGGUAAAAUUUGAAAAUAUGCUAAAUUUUAGGAAAAGGGGUUGAUUUUUAGCUUGAAAAAAACAUAUUUUGUGCAUUUUAUUUCAUUUUUUUCCAAAUUUUUUUGUUUCUGACUCUCCAAAAAUUUGGUUGCCUUUUUCCCACUGUCUGACGACUAUUUUGAAUUUCGCUGGAUAAUUUUGAAGACUUGAAGGCAAAUGCAGAACAAACGUUAAAAAAAUUUUUCUUUUUAAAAAAACUGCGAGGUGAAACGGGAAUGUGGUUCAGUUGGACCGACGAGGAUAUUUACACACUGAAAGAUGAAAAACUUGAUAUUUUUUUAUAGUUUCUUGAUCUUGUCAUUAUGAUUACAGUGAAAAACAGAGAAAUAAUUUUUUUCAUUGUUUUAAAAAUUCUCUUGAAAUCGAAAUAUUAUUUAGUUGGCCCUGACUAGGAACCCAAAAAGGGGUGGUUUUUUUGGACGGUUAAAAGAUGAAAAUUCAAAAUUUUUGCUUUUUUUUUUAAACAUCUUCGAUUUUUUUUAUCAUGAUUUGAAGGGCAAAGAGUUCGAAAAAGUUUUUUGAAAAUUUUGAAACCGAAACUUGAAACGGGAAUAUGGUUUAGUUGGCCCGUCGUGGAGCCCUCACGGGCGGAUACCUGGACGCCAAACGGUGCAAACUCGAAAUCCACAACGCCAAAAGAGAACUCGACAAAAAGCUCAAUGAAUUGAAGGUUCUGUUAUUCAUGUAUCUAUCAAAAAAAUCGUUCUUUUUUUCAGGAAAAACUUGGCCGAAGCUGAGCGGAAAGUCAAGGAAAAAGACCAACGAAAUGGAGAAUAUUCGGUCCCAAAUCCAUGCUGUUCGUUGUAAAAUUUUGAUUUUCAAAAAAAUUUCAGUUAAAAAAAUGGGAAAAGUUUGUCAUUUUUUUGAGUCAAAAAUUACUACUGAAAAAAAUUGAUUUUUUUCAGCAUUUUAGGGCUUGAAAAAAAGAUUUUUUUAAAGACGAGUUUCAUCAGGAAAAAUAUUUUUCUCGAACGAUUUUUCAAAUUAAAGGUUUAAUCACGGAAAAAUGCAAAUUAACAUUAAUUUUUUUGGCAAAUUUGAGCUUUUUUUAAUUACGUAAAAACCAGUUUUUACUAUCGAAAUGUCAUAAUUUUCAGCGUUUUUUCAAAAAAAAUUAUUUUUUUCAAUUCGAAAAUGAAAUUUUUUUGUAGCUAGAAAAUUUGUGGAACUUCAUAAAAUCCCAAAAAAACUACAAAAAUAAGUUCAAAAAUAUUUUUUUCAGCGUAAAAUCGAAAUGUCGGAAUACCAAGAAAUGCAUCGACGGCUUCACGAACAAAAACGAGCUCUCAAUGAAAAUUUUAACAGUUUGACCAGGGAUAAAGAACCCAAGGUUUUCUGCAAAGUUCGAUUUUUUCAUGAGUAUCCUUUUCCAGAAAGCGCAACUCGUCCAACUCAGAAAUCGACUCCGAGAACUUUUUGCCCAACAAAAGGGAUAUGAGGCCGAAAUCGGCAGCGAAUUGCACUCGCAGUUGACCUCCGAUGAGCAGAAUGAAGUCGAGAGAAUCAGGGUUAGGAGACGGGACAUUUUCGGGCGGAAAGGGGGGUAAAAGGAUGAGGAAAAUACUUUCGAAUUUUAUAAGCUCAAAACUAUUCUUAAAAAUUUUCGCAAAGAUUGCUUUAAAAAAAGUUUCAAAAGUUUUUUUAAAUUAAGAAUCGGCGAAUGGGUUUAUCUUCUUAUAUUCAGGCGGAAAUCGCCAAAAUCCGGCCGAAGCUGGACGAGGUGACGGUGAAGCGAAGUCAGCUGGAAGUUCAGAAAAGAAAACUCGACAAUCAGCUCAAGACGAACUUGUUGAGGAAACAGGAGAACUUGUCGGCGGUUUGAGGCCAAAAAAUCGAGAUUUUCAGUGGUUUUUUCAGAAAAUCGAUGAUAUUUCUGAUAAUGAACGACAUCAUCUCCUACAGUCUCAUCAGGGCGAACUUACCGCCUUGUACAAAAGGUAAAGAUAUGAAUAAUCCUGAGUAAUUCUUGUAAUUUUCCUAAAGGUCUAAAAAGUAAAAAAAAAAAAAUGAAAUCAACAGUUUUUUCUCUAAAAAAAUUAUAAUUGAAACCGUCUGACUUGUCUGCGCCCUCUUCUCUCUCAUUAUAAAAAAAGAACAAGCACGUAAAUGAGAGAGAGUCAUAAACAGAGAGGGCGCAGAGAAAUUCAGACAUUGAUUUUGUCAGAAAUUUUUGUAAAUAAUAAAAAAUUAUGACGUGAAAUUGGUCAGAAUGGAUUUUGAAAAAAAAAAAAACUUUGUUAAUUAAAAUUUGGAAAUUUCGAAUAAAUAAAAUCAUAUAAGAAAGUGAUACUUAUAUCGUGUUUUUUUAUAAGUUAUUUAUUUUAAAAAAAGUAAAUUUCAGUAGUUUUUUUAUCUGUUUUUUUCAUUUUUUUCCAAAUAAUGUAACCCUUCUGAUGUCACUGGGAGAUCCAUUUUUUUGAUUUCGAAAGAAAUUGGGGCCUUCUGACGACGUUAAAAGACACAUUUUUCCAUAUGAAUCUUCAAAAAAAAAUAAUUUUCUCUAUUAAACAGUCCUUGAAUGUGUUUGUAAAAUGAAAAUAACAGCUUUUUCUCAGACUGAUGGAGGUCCGAGGCCUCCUGACGUCGCUGGAAGACGGCCUCUCGGAAUACGAAGAACGGUCGGGAAACCUCGACCGACGGAUCGAAGACGUCCAGGAGCAGAUGAAGGACCUCGAGGCGCAACUCGUCGUCUUCGCCAAGGAGUCCGACUCGAUCUGCACCAAACACGCCUCCCUGCAGUCCAAGAGGGAGGACAGCUUGAAGAAGGUAGAUGAUCACAAGGAACAGCUCAAAGUGCAAGGAGUUUCAUAUAAAGUCAAUGAGAAAGUUGAAAAGAUUUGAUGUUUGAUACAUUUCUCAUGUCUAGUUCAAAGUGAUUUCGGAUAUUUCAAUAUUGAAGCGUGAAAUUUUUUCGCGAAAUACGCAAAUUGAGAUUUCCCGACCAGAGUUGAGUCAUACAUUAAGGCGACUUUUUACGCGCGAAACUUCAAAAAUUUUGAUUGAAACCUUCCCUAUUUUUUUCUUCUCUAGAUUUUUUUUUGUUUGAAUUAAUCUCAGUGCGAAAAAGCAUUUCUAUUUAAAAAAAAACAACCAAAAAAAAUACAGUUCCAUUCGGAGUUUUCGUCAUUUUUCCCUUGCCAAAAAAAUGAUGAUAAAACUUUUUGAAAUUAUUUUUGAUAUAAAAAAAUAUUUCGGAUCAUAUAGCUUCAAAGAAAAAAAUUAUGAAUUUGAGUCCUAAUAGAAGCUUUAGCUCCAUGGAAAAAAAUUAACGAGAAAAUUCAAAAAUUGAGAAAAUAAGAAAGUUAACUCGAUUUAUGAGGUAAAAGUCGAUUAAAGUCCCGUUUCAGUGGUUUUUUUCUAGGGGGUAUCGAUGCAAAAUAUUUUUACAAUUUUUCCUUUUCGGACUUUAUUUUUGAAACGGGGUUUUUUGGGGAUAUUUGUCGAGCUUUUAGCCGUCUCAAGGUUCAUCAGGGAACUUUUUUUCCUUUGAAAUUUUUCUAACAGUUUAUUUAACUUUUUCAAUUAACUCAACGACUGUUCCAAUGCUGACAUUCUAGAAAAAAACGCAAAAAAAGUUAAGUCGUUCCUGUCCGACUUGAAACGUGGGAUGAUUAGAUUGCCUAGGCUUUUUGGGGGGAAUUCGAGGUCAAAUUUAAUUAGGGAAAAAAAUGUAGGAAAAAAAUAAGUUUUUCAACUAUUUUUUUAUACAUUUAUUCGUUCAACUGAAUCUUAUCAAACCCAUAAAGAAUUUAAAUUUUCGAAUAAACUGUCAAAAAAGGCUUUUUUACCUUGAGUUCCCCGCCAAAAACCGCGUCGCACACGCAACGCACCACCCUUGCCAAUCUCGCCUUUCAAGUCGGCAAAAAUUGACUAUACUGAUUUUUUCUUCGAGAAGGUUCAAUUUUUCAUGACUUUUCUGUAGGACCUCAUGAGGAUCUUUUUCAGAUGCGACAACUUGGAACGCUGCCAACGGACGCGUUUUCCAAAUACCAGAACAUGUCCUACAAACAGCUCGAAAAACGGCUCACCGAGUGUAUAAAUGAGCUUAAAAAGUACGAAAAUGUCAACAAGAAGGUUCAAAACACCCUGAAAUAAAAGUAAAAUCGAGUUUCCAGGCCCUGGAUCAAUAUCUGACGGCAGCCGGGCAAAAAGAGAACUUGACCCUGAGAAUGGAGGAACAGAAAAAGAGCGAAAGUGUAGGGAUUUCUGAAGGAAAAGCUGGAGUUUCUCUGAAAUUUUCAGUCGAUCGAAGAACUUUUGAAAACGUUAGAGUUGAGGAAAUACGAGGCGAUCCAGUUGACCUUCAAGCAGGUGAAUUGAAAAAAUUUGGAAUUUUUAGGUUGGAUUUUAAGAAUUUCCAAGGCAAAAUUGGAUAGAUAUUCUGAGCUUUUGGUACUUUUUUGUUCAGGAGAGCUUAUUUUUCCAAAAAAAAUAAUUUGAGGUGUCGAAAAACUUCAAAGAAGUUUUCAAAAGACUGGUCCCCCACGGCCAAGGAACCUUGAUCAUUCAAAUGCGAGACGAAACUCCGGAUGAAGUCGGUCGGGGCGUCGAUAUCGUCGAGAGAUUCACCGGAAUCGGAAUCUUGGUUUGUUUCAAUUCCAAUAAAAGAUGAAAAGCACGAAAAUAUGGCGUCGCUGGUCGAAUUUUCAGAUAAGUUUAGUUUUCUUGGAAAAUUUAUCCCGUGUUGAUUCCGCAAAACCCAAAAUAGCCGUCAGAGAAAGAAAAUGAUAACUAAAUUUGGGAGAGUCAGAGAUAAUUUUGCAAGAAAUCAUUUUGAACAUGGCGUUAAUUUUAACUUUUAAUAAUUCCUCAAUUGGCUUCCAGCUUUAGAAAAAAAUCAUCUUAUAUUUUUUUAACUGUAGAACUUGUUUUUAAAGUGUCCCUUAUAGGGGCCACCCCCGGUUAUGGCUCAGAUAAUAUGGGAUAAAAUCCAAUUUGACCAGGAUUUUUUUGUUCAUUUUCUCGGUUUUUCCAUAACAUCUUCCGAGGUCAUUUUUUUCCCUUGAAAAGGUUUAUUUUUUUCACCCUCGAAAGUUCUAACCAUCAUUAUUGUUUAAAAAAACACAAGAAAAAAAUUGUUUCUUCAACUUAAGAAAGUUCCUCUUUUCGAUUCCAACUUUUUGGAAAGACGUUCUUUGCAAUAAUAUAAAUAUCCAAUUGAUCGAAUUUAUAAACAUUCUAGGAAACAGUAAUGUGAUGAAAAAAGGAUUUCAUGUUUUUCCAGACCUUUUCUUUUUAUUUCUUGUUGAUUUUUUUCUCUUGUUCUUGGGACAAUUUUAAGACGAAUUUUCAAAAUAUGAGUUAUUUAAAGUUUUCUUAGGUUUCCUUCACGUCAGACGCCGGAGACGCCGAAACGCGUGAGAUGCAACAACUUUCCGGCGGCCAGAAGUCUCUGGUCGCCUUGGCCCUCAUCUUUUCUAUCCAGGUUUGAUUAUAAUAAUAUUCUGAGGAAUCAGUGUAAACCAUAAAGAGUCCACUUGGAUCUAAAAUUCAAAAAAAGGAAGUUUUUUCACAUCAUCCUGGAUAAGUAGAACUCUUGCAAAGGUAGAUUGACCGGUAAAUUUUCAAAGUCCUGGUUAGAGUGAACUAUGGAAAAGAGUACGGCGGAGUGGUCCCUAGAGGGGCAGAUUAGGAGAAAACCGCUAAAAAACUCGCAAAAGUGGCCACUUUAAGGGAGCUUUUGUCAUUUAUUGUCACUCUAUAAGAAGAAUAAUUUUCAUCCAUUCUGAAGACCCCUACAAGGGCCACUAAGGACUUUAGAUGCCAGACACUCAACCCCUAUAGGGAACACUCAAAAUUUUUCCCCUCUAAUGAGCAUUUUCCAUUUUGAAGACCCCUACAGGGACCACUUAGGCUUUGAGGGCUCAGGUGUCAAACCCUCAACCCCUAUAGGGACCACUCCAAUUUAUCCCAUGUGGGGAGCUUUUUCCAUUUUGAAGACCCCUACAGGGGCCACUUAGGCUUUAAGGGCUCAGGUGUCAAAACCUCAACCCCUAUAGGGACCACUCCAAUUUCUCCCCUCUAGGGAGCACUUUCUUGCCACCUGUUUUCCCUAACCCUUCUAGGGACCCCUCUGGCGUUCCUCAGUAAGGCAAAAAGUUCGAAUUGAGGGUUAUUUUUUUAAGAGUUAGAAUUUUUGGAUUUUUCGAAAAAUUCAUACAAAAAUAAGCGUUUUUCUUAAGAUGUGCGAUCCAGCCCCAUUUUAUUUGUUCGACGAAAUCGACGCCGCCCUGGACGCUCAGCACAGAAAAGCCGUUGCCGGUUUUGAUUCAUUAUUCAAAAAAUCAAAAAAAAAUCGAUGAAAAAUUAUCAGAUAUGAUCCAUUCUCUCUGCGACAACGCCCAAUUCAUCACCACCACUUUCCGGCCGGAACUGCUCGCCUCGGCAGAAAAGUACUAUGGAGUUCGAUUUAGGAACAAGGUGAGGAUAGGAAAUGAACAUGAAACUUUUAAAAAUGAAGAGAAGAGCUCUAUUUUACGUUGAUAACGUUUUUUUGAAAAUAUUUUUUUGAAUUAAUUUGAAAAAUUAAGGAAUAGAGCUUUUGCGCUCUAUUGAGAAAUUUCGAUAAGUGAAGUUUCUGUCUCGGACUUCAGAAACACGAACCGGACUUCCUCUAGGGUUCACUUGAAAUCAAUGAAGCCACUAAAGUGGUCACUAGGAACGCUUAACUUAAGUAUCCUUUAACUGAGAAUGAACUUAAAAAAAUUGACCACGAAGAUCCUAUGAAAAUCAAAUGUUUUUCGAUACUUACUGUUUCAUGGUUUCUAUUUGAAAGUCUAAAGAAGUCAAUAAACUUAAUACCAAAUUUUGUCGUGCGCGAAUAUCCGGGCGGUUUUUCAUAGCGACCAUUCUUGGAAAGUUUUAAAGCCUUUUUUUAUUUUUGAAGUCUCCAAAAUGCCUAAAAUUCUUGAUUGUGAUAAGUUUCAGAAAAACCAAAUAUUGGAAGCUGAAAAGUUCAGAUUUUGUGUUUUUAUACUUGGACAUAGGUGAAGCUAAACGGACGUUUCUGGGCACUUUUAGGGGUCAUUUAAGAAUGCUGAUGCUACUAAAGGGGUCACUAGAAAUGCCCGGAAACGUCCGUUUCGCGUUACCGAUUAUUCGAGUAAAAAAAAGUAAAAGAUGGUUUGAGGGUUUGGUGAAACUUUUUUAGAUAAGCUGAGUGAAAAUCAGUUUUUUUUUUUCAACUCAGGGUGUUCUAAAGUAGCUAAUUUCUAGAACAAUCACCUUAUCAUGUGAGAAAAAUAUUGGAUAGUUCGUUUUUUUAACCUAUAUAAUAUAAUUUUAGAAUAUAAUUUUUUUCAGGUCUCCCACAUUGACGUCGUCACAAAAACUUCAAGCCUACGACUUUGUUGA